AUGUUAAAGAAUCAUCAUCUUUGGGUGGCUGUUGAUGGUGAAGGCAAACCUGUGGGAUUCCUUGGAGGUUUUAAAGUUGAUGAUAAUUUCCAUGUGGCUGAAGUCUCGGUCAAGAAGGAUAAUCAGAGGCAAGGUAUUGGGAAUUCUUUAAUGUAUAGAAUGAUGAAAGAUAUAAAGGAAGAAGGAUUUCAAGCAAUUACCCUCACAACCAACAAAAUUCUUCCUUUCAAUCGUCCUUGGUAUCAAAGUUUAGGAUACAUCGAACUCGAAGCAAAGGAUGUCGGCAAUGAAUUGACUUUGUUGAUUGAAGAAGAAUCAAAUCACCUUGACAAUAAUAUUAGGUGUGCUAUGAGAAAGAACAUCUCAUGA